UGGGCGUGGUUGGAGGUCAAUUGUUUAUGUAGCUCGCUGUCCGUGUAUGUAACCGCACCAAGCAAGGACUCCGCAAUGUGAUUUCCUGACGUUGAUUUGUUUUCAUAUCGUUUUACCAGCUGGCUUUACCACAUUAUGCACCAGCCGUUGACAUGGGGAACCACUAGCAGGUGAAACACGGAAGAAACCGAGGGAAAAGCCGGAAUGGCAGGCGCCUUCAAAGGCUGCCAGAAAAUUAGAGGUCCGCAGAUUAGAAAUCUGCUUGACGCGAAGGACUUCAUUCUCCUCGACUGCGACGGGGUCAUAUGGCACGGAGAGAAGGCGAUAACGGGCGCGGCGAAGGUGGUGAAUUCGCUGAUACGGCACGGCAAAAACGUAGUGUUCGUCACCAACAACUGCACCAGGCCCCGGGAGAAUUAUGUGCACAAGUUCUGCCGGCUGGGCUUCACCGACGUGAUACUAGAGCAGAUCUUCAGCUCGUCGUACUGCUCGGCUCUCUACCUGAGAGACGUCGUCAAGAUCCGCGGCCAGGUGUUUGUCAUGGGCUGCGACGGACUGCGCAGAGAGCUGGAUGAGGCGGGCAUCCCCUGCGUAGAGGAGGCGGACGAUCCGGACGCCACCAUCUACGACUGCGCUCUGGCUCCGGACGUCAAGGCAGUGCUGGUGGGACAUGAUGAUAAAAUGACUUUUCUCAAACUGGCCAAAGCCUCGUGCUACCUGAGAGACCCGGACUGUCUGUUCCUGGCUACCGACAACGACCCGUGGCACCCUCUGUCUAGUGGAAGGAUACUGCCAGGUUCCGGGUCCCUCAUUGCAGCCCUGGAAGUGUCCUCAGGUCGCAAGGCCACUGUGAUCGGUAAGCCUAGCCGCUUCAUGUUCGAGUGCAUCUCCAGUCAGUUCAGUGGGGUGGACCCCGCCCAGUGCCUGAUGAUUGGGGACCGCCUAGAGACAGACAUGCUGUUUGGAUCCAACUGCGGCCUCGACACCAUGCUCACUCUCACCGGUGUGUCUCAGAUCGAAAAGGCCCAGGAGUACAGGAAUAGUGAGCUGAGCACCAACCACAGCUUGGUGCCCGAUUACGUGGUGGACACCAUUGCUGAUUUCUUACCUGCUUUUGAGGAACUGGGCGAACCGAGCAACUGAUGAGUCCUUUCGCCUCCAGUACAGAGCAUAGAUUGCUUCUACUGCAAGUACAAUGCUUAGUCUGGCAUUUGCAAAAAAAAAUACCUAUCAAUUAUCAAAAACAAGAAAGAUUCCUCAGUAACAAGGCGCUGUUGAUGUUGACCAAGACAUGCAUAGGAGAGAAUAUAAAAUAAUCAGUAAUUCAGCGCAUACCUCAUUGUGUCUUCUAGUGUUGUGCCCAUUUGUGACUUGACAGUUCCUUGUUGCUGUAAGUGUUUAUAGUAAUAUAUGAAUAUACUGCACUCUCUUCUUCAAAAAGUUAAUCGGUCGUGUUUGAUAUUAGGUUUUGAACAUCCAGAGGUAUUUUUGUAAAGCCACGAAUUGUUCUGUAACGGCAUUAAUGUGUUUAGGAGCUGGUUAGUGGGUUUUUUUUUUUUGUUUUUUGCCAGAAGGCAGACAUGUACUUGCAGAAUUGUUUCCUCAUAUGUUAUUGCCUGGGUGUGACUUCUCCUUGAUAAAUUCAUGGCAAGAGGAGAUAAUUAAAAACUGAACUUUUCUCAUCUCUGAUGGAGACUAAGAUGACAAUCUGCCAGUCAGACAGGUGAAGUGUAUAUUCACCUUUCUGUCACAUCUGUACUACUUGUGCCAAUAUUCAUCCGAGUACUUAACUGCUUACUAAAUCUCAUAGUUAGAAAACCAGUUACACAUUAAUGGUGGCCGGUCAUACUGCUCUGUUGUGAAAUUUCAAUGUUAAUGAUUACCAUAUAGAGCAUGCCAGCAACGGUAACCACAAUAAAUACCUAAAAUAAAUCCUUAA